AUGUUAUUACGGCGAAAGCUUACGCUGACAUUCUUUCUUGUCUGUGUAAUAUUUGUUUCAAUUGCUGUGGCCGAAGGUAUUGGUGCGGUUGGCGAAGAUGUAAUAAAUACGACAGACGUUCGCAUUAAAGAGGCAGAAGAGAUAGAGAAACAAGUAGUGAACGUGGAAGCUGAAGAUCCGGACCUCGUCGGUUCUGUAUUUGAUAUCGACCUUCGACAUCCUGGUUUAGGUCAUCAAUCAUUAAUGUCUGCCGAGGAUUCAAAAUCCCUUUUCUUCUCAAUCUUGAUGAUAAUAUUUUCUGAAAUUGGGGACAAGACGUUCUUUAUUGCUGCAAUAAUGGCGAUGCGCAACUCGCGUCUUGUAGUAUUCUCUGCCGCCUUUGCCUCACUUGUAGUGAUGUCUAUUUUUUCUGCAGCUCUUGGUCAUACGGUUCCCAACAUCAUCCCACGCAAAUAUACUUGUUAUCUCGCAUCAUUUUUGUUUAUGUUUUUUGGCGCCCGUAUGGCUUACGAGGGUUGGUACAUGUCAUCUGACGAGGCUAAACAGGAGUUCGAAGAAGUUAAGGCAGAGUUGAAAGAAAAGGAAGACAUUGAAAUGAUGGAGGCUGUUGAGGGUGGACUGGUCAAUGAUAAAGGAGAAAAUGGCGGAUUUAAACAGGGCUUGUCAAAUUUGUGCCAGUUCUUAUUUUCACCGACCUUUACGCAAACCUUUAUUCUAACUUUUCUGGGAGAAUGGGGAGAUCGGUCACAAAUUGCUACUAUUGCUUUGGCGGCAUCCAAGGAUGUAUAUUUUGUAACUUUGGGAACAAUCAUCGGACACAGCUUGUGCACGGGAAUUGCUGUUAUUGGUGGCGGCUUACUAGCCGAAAGAAUUUCUGUUAGAACAAUUACAUUAUCAGGAGCUGUGCUCUUCAUGAUAUUUGGCGUUCUUUAUCUCUACGAAGCAAUAUACAACGUGUAA